UAGUUGUUGUGAUGUGUAAAUGUGGACGCUUGUUCAAACGCCUCCUCUUCCAUCUCCUCCAUGUGGUGUGCAAAAUCCUUAUUCAUCAUACCGUCGCCGUCGCAUCUCAAUCGCGUUUGGCCAUUCUACUGGUAAUAGUAAGAGUAUCAACUCCAUUUCGCGUUGUAAUUACAACGAUUCUAUACAAUCAUUUUGCAAAAAAGGACAGCUCAAAGAAGCCCUUCAACUCCUCUCUCAAGAACCCAAUCCCACUCAACAUACCUACGAGCUGCUCAUCCUCUCCUGCUCUGAAAAACACUCAUUCUAUGAUGCUUUAACUGUUCACCGUAAACUUAUUGAUGAUGGGUUCGAACAAGAUUCAUUUUUGGCUACUAAACUCAUUAAUAUGUUCUCUAAUUUCGACUCUAUUGACCAUGCCCGCCAAGUGUUUGAUAAAAUUUACAACCGAACCAUAUUCCUUUGGAAUGCGUUUUUCAGGGCAUUGACAUUAGCUGGAAAUGGUGUCGAGGUUUUGGACUUGUAUAGACAUAUGAAUGCAAUCGGAAUCCAAUCUGAUAGGUUCACUUAUACAUAUGUCCUCAAGGCUUGUGUUGUUGCCUCUAUACCAAACCAUAAGGAAAUUCACGCCCAUAUAUUCAGACAUGGUUAUGAGACACAUAUACAUAUUAUGACUACCUUAAUUGAUGUAUAUGCUAGGUUUGGUUCCGUACAGAAUGCAACUUGUGUCUUCUCUCAAAUGCCACAGAAAAAUAUGGUUUCUUGGAGCGCAAUGAUUGCUUGUUAUGCAAAGAACGGAAAACCUCUUGAAGCAUUCGACGUUUUUCGUGAUAUGAUGACCCAUGUUUUGUUACCAAACUCAGUGACAAUGGUUAGUGUUGUUCAAGCUUGUGCAGCACUGGGUGCACUAGAGCAAGGGAAGCUUUUACAUGGAUAUGUAGUAAGAAAAGGGCUUGACUCUAUUUUGCCUGUUCUCAGUGCCCUUGUGACAAUGUAUGCAAGAUGUGGUGCUUUAGAAUUGGGACGAAGAGUGUUUGAUCAGAUGGGAAAGCGGGAUGUUGUUGCAUGGAAUUCCAUGAUUUCAAGCUAUGGAAUACAUGGAUUUGGGGCCAAAGCAAUUGAAACUUUUAGAGAAAUGAUUCGACAUGGAGUGUCACCAAGUCCAAUAUCAUUUGUUAGUGUAUUGGGAGCUUGUAGUCAUGCAGGGCUUGUUGAGGAGGGGAAACAAUUAUUUGAUUCAAUGUGGAAAGAACAUAAAAUCUACCCUAGUGUGGAACACUACGCUUGUAUGGUUGAUCUUCUUGGAAGAGCCAAUCAGUUGGAAGAAGCAGCUAUAAUCAUUCAAGAUAUGCGGAUUGAACCAGGACCCAAAGUUUGGGGUUCUCUUCUUGGAUCAUGUAGGAUUCAUUGUAAUGUUGAACUUGCAGAGAGGGCAAGUAGAAGGUUAUUCGAGCUUGAACCCACAAAUGCUGGGAACUAUGUACUUUUGGCUGAUAUUUAUGCAGAAGCUAAGAUGUGGGAUGAGGUUAAACAAGUAAGGAAGCUUUUGGAGGCCAAGGGAUUGCGGAAAGUGUCUGGUUGCAGCAUGAUUGAAGUAAAGAGGAAAAUCUACUCUCUCCAGUCAGUUGAUGAAAUUAACAUCCAAAUUGAGCAAAUUCAUGCCUUGUUGCUAAAACUAUCAAUGGAGAUGAAACAGAAUGGGAUGUAUGUCCCAGAUACCAGAAUUGUGCUGUAUGAUCUUGAAGAAGAGGAGAAAGAACGUAUUUUGUUGGGUCACAGUGAGAAAUUAGCAGUUGCUUUUGGCUUGAUUAAUAGCAGCAAAGGAGAUCCUAUAAGGAUUAGUAAGAACUUGAGGUUAUGUGAGGACUGCCACUCAUUCACCAAGCUCGUUUCAAAAUAUACAAACAGAGAAAUUCUAGUCAGAGACAUCAAUCGAUUUCAUCAUUUCACCAAUGGGGUUUGUUCAUGUGGAGAUUAUUGGUAGACUUGUUCUCUUUCCUCUAACAAAGCCACCUUGCAUAAACUCUAUUCCGUUUUAUGUAUUAUCCGUUAAGUUUUCGUUUUGUGAACACUCUUAUCGUUUGGUUUGAAUACAAGUUAUGCUGGGAAAUGUAGCAUCCUCGCAAGUUAGUUUUGAAGCUUCACUAGAUGUACAUCCUCCAUGGACCUGAUUCUGAUGCAACAGUUACAGAUAGUCGCGAUCAAACAACUUAAUCUCGAAGGCCUUCAAGGGAACCAAGAAUUUGUUGUGGAGGUACUUAUGUUGAUUUUAAUGCAUCAUAACAAUCUUGUGAUACUGCACUCAUGGAGAACAGAGGUUGUUGGUUUACGAGUUCAUAUAGCGCGAUAGUUUUCUAUCAUAGUGAUUAGUUUCUCUUAAAGAGCAAUUCGUUCAGAACUCAGUUGACUUCUAUUGUUCUUUAUAUUACACAUCCUUUUAUUUUUGUCCUCUAAGAAGUCUUAUAUUCAAUUGAUUUGUUGCAAAAA